AUGAUUCUAGCCUCUUCUGCUUCUUCCUCCUCCUCCCCAGUCCCCUCAAUUCGCUCUCACGAACACUACCCCGCCACUCCUCCGUUCACCAUGGGAUCUACUGCUCUGCCUUACUUGAAGACUAACCCGAAGGUCAUUUUCUUCACUGAUUUUGACGGCACAAUUACUCUGGAGGAUAGCAAUGACCACAUGACCGAUAAUCUGGGCUUUGGCGGGGAAAGGCGCCGUCAGUUGAACAAAGAUGUCCUCGAGAACAAGGUCACCUUCCGUGAUUCUUUCCGGGACAUGCUUGAUAGCGUCAAGAACCCGUUCAAUGAAUGCCUCGAUAUCCUCCGCGCGAACAUGCACUUGGACCCCCAUUUCGCCGAGUUCUAUUACUGGGCCAAGGAGAACAAUGUGCCGAUUGUAGUCUUGUCUUCCGGCAUGGUCCCCGUUAUUAAGACCCUACUAGAAACGCUUCUCGGUCACCCGCUUGACGAUCACCUCACUAUUGUUGCCAAUGAAGUCGAAAGUCGUGAUGGAAGGGAUAUAAACACUCCUGGUGGGUGGCAGAUAAAGUACCAUGAUGACAGUCACUUCGGCCACGACAAGUCUCUGGAAAUCAAGCCAUACGCUGCAGUGCCUUUCGACGAACGCCCUACGCUGCUUUACGCUGGCGAUGGUGUCUCUGAUUUGUCUGCUGCGUCCGAGACAGAUCUUCUGUUCGCCAAGGCUGGAAAAGAUUUGAUUACAUAUUGCGAGCGUGAAGGCAUGCCAUACACUGUCUUCGAGAAUUGGUCUUCCAUCCUUGCCACAACGAAGGAUAUCCUCAGUGGGAAGACCGUUGUGAAGAAGGAGCAGAAGGCUAUAACUCUUUCGUAUUCGUAUCCCUGCUGGCUCGGCACACUUGCCACUCAGCAUGUGACCGCCUACUGGAUUCGACCCUCGGCGCUCGCUCUAUCCUUUACCCCAGAGAACCAACGCCCCUUGGGAAUGACCUGGCCUUCGAACUAG